AUGGCCUCCCGAGAACUCGUCGUGGUGGUCUUAAACCUGACCAAUGAGGAGCUCAGCCUAGUGCCCGAAUCCCCAAAUCUCUCCCAUGGCAAAUGGAAGGAUGAUCUGGAGUCUCGGCCUCCCCAAGAGAUUCGAGCGGGAGAGAGUGGAAUGUGGCGUUGUCAGGCAGAGCACAUUGGGGUGCAGAUUGAGGGAUCCGUCAGCUACUCCAUUGUUGGUUAUGACUCCAAUGUUAGGGCGACAUUUACGUGGAAAAUAUACUCCGUUAGGCCAAACGAAUUCCAUCAGUCUUGCGCAGCAGAGAGUUUCGAAAUCCAAGUUAUUGGAGGAGGUGGUAGCCAGCCCGUCGUGGUUUACAUCUUCAAACCAGUUAAUUCAUAG